CUAGUUAGAUUUGAAAGACGAGUUAUAUCUGCAUCCUCUGCCUGCCGCAGCCCGUUAUUUUACAAAGUCUGAUAUGGAGGAAAAAGUGCAGAAAGGGGAUUACAACAAACCAAAACCAAGACCAAAAGCUCAAAAUGGAUUUCAAACAAUAGUUGUGCGUGAGUUUGAGCCUGCGGACAAGCUGCAGGUACAGCAGAUCUUUUCUGAAGGGCUAAUGGAGAUGAUACCAGACACCGCCUUGAGAGGCUUGAGACAUCACCCUGAGAGUCUGCUGCUCUAUUCUAUUAUGACAGUUGUAUGUUUUGUCAUCACCAUGUGUUGGUGGGUGAUAGGACUCCUCCCUGCUUUUGUGCUGUGUGGGCGCUACUUCUUCAGCAGUCGUGUGAUACAUGGUUACCUGGAGCAAGCCAUGAGCACAGACAUGGGUGACAUUGAAGAGUUUUACAUGAAGUCCCCAGACUCCCGUCUGUGGGUAGCAGCGCUGGAAGGCAAAGUGGUGGGUGUUGUAGCAGCAGUCGGCCAGCAGAAGCCAAGUUCAGUUGAAUUAAAGCGGAUGUCAGUUGACCGCAGUUGUCGACGGAGUGGAGUCGGCGUGGCACUGGGACGUAAAGUCCUGGAAUUUGCUGUCACUCACAGAUACUCCACUGUUGUCCUGGGAACCACAGCGUAUACACCUGCUGCUCACCAGCUCUACAAGGGUCUGGGCUUCCGCUGUGUGGAGGUCACAAACGGGUUUGUCACACCUGGUGCGAGAUGGUCCCUGCUGGAACGAAUUUUCUACAGGGUCCGCCAUCAUCACUACAGCCUGGAUGUGCAAAAUAUCACUUUAAAUGGACAACACUGACCCGAAUGACUGAUCUGUCAUUGUAACAUUUAUGUACUUUAAAUGACACAUGUUUACGUUUUCCAUUCAAUAACCUCUUGCUACCAUGCAAAUCAUUCUGUCCUCUCAGUAGCAUGAUGUUGUAGCACCACUACACCUGUAAGAAGGGAGGUGAACCUGUCUGACUUGACAGUGAAGACUGGGAUUCACCUCCAUCUCUGGCCAAACGGUCUUUCUUUCUCCUUCACUUUCUCUCUUUAUUCAAUUAAGAAUUGUCAACACAAUCACAUAAAGAUAUUAACCCUUACAUACUGUUUAUAUUCUGAAUCAUAAUUAGUCUCUACACCAGUUCACAUUCAUAAAUUCCCCAUCAUAACUUUUUUUUUCAAUAAACACAGGUCAAAUUUGUACAUUUGCAUAUAAACAAAGGUUUUCCACCUUCAUAAAAACAAAACACCAAAGAAACAACAACAACAAAAAAAAAAAAUUAUUUCCAUUUUUGUAAAUUUUAGGUCACAUUAGGAAAAGUCUGGCUAAAAGAAAUGUGUAUAGAGUGUUUUUACAACUCACAACCGGAGGAGACGGGGACCAAAUCGUAGAUACCUGAGCCACAGCUGCCCCCAUCUCAAUUAAUUGACAUCUUAACUGAACACACAAGUAAAUUAG